GCUACCCAAUGUCUUAUGUCGCUUUUGUCGGAUUCUCCUGUUAUCUUUCAUCUAAUCCGCCACCAUCUUCUAUAAAAACCGCUUCGAUCUCAUCGGGUUUUUAUUCCAUUGACAUCAUUAGAAAUCCAACUAAUUUUCAAUUAUAAUUAUGUACGGACAGGAAGAAGAUCCUGUGCUGGAGGAAGAAGACGGAGAGGAAAUUACCCCGGAUCUGUGGCAAGAAGCUUGCUGGAUCGUCAUCAGUUCAUACUUUGAUGAAAAGGGUUUGGUGAGGCAGCAGCUGGAUUCCUUCGAUGAAUUCAUUCAGAUGUCUGUACAGCGGAUUGUUGAGCAUUCUCCUGCCAUCGAUCUGCAGGCUGAGGCACAGCAUACAUCAGGCAUAAUCGAGACACCUCCAAGGUAUGUCUUAAAAUUUGAACAGAUCUAUUUAUCUAAACCAACUCAUUGGGAGAAAGAUGGCGCUCCCAGUCCUAUGAUGCCAAAUGAAGCAAGAUUGAGAAAUUUGACUUACUCGGCACCUCUCUACGUUGACAUCACGAAAACCGUCAUCAAAGAAGGAGAAGAGCCAGUUGAAACUCAACAUCAGAAGACCUUCAUUGGCAAAAUCCCAAUUAUGUUACGCUCAACCUACUGCCUUCUCAAUCGUCUCACGGAUCGUGAUUUGACAGAGUUGAAUGAAUGUCCUCUCGACCCAGGGGGAUAUUUUAUUAUUAACGGAUCUGAAAAAGUUCUCAUUGCACAAGAGAAAAUGGCUACAAACACUGUGUAUGUAUUUCAACAGAAGGAUUCUAAGUAUGCUUACAAAACAGAAAUCCGGUCCUGCCUCGAACACUCCUCCCGUCCCACCAGUACACUUUGGGUCAAUAUGAUGGCCAGAGGAGGAACUGGUGUUAAAAAAAGUGCCAUUGGCCAGAAGAUUAUUGCUAUCUUACCAUAUAUUCGUCAAGAAAUUCCAAUCAUUAUUGUAUUUAGAGCUCUUGGUUUUGUGUCUGACCGAGACAUCUUGGAACAUAUCAUCUAUGAUUUUGAUGACCCAGAAAUGAUGGAAAUGGUAAAACCAUCAUUAGAUGAAGCUUUUGUGAUUCAAGAACAGAAUAUUGCUCUGAAUUUCAUUGGUUCACGUGGAGCUCGUCCUGGUGUCACAAAAGAGAAACGUAUCAAAUAUGCCCGAGAAAUCUUGCAGAAAGAAAUGUUACCUCACGUUGGUGUUAGUGAUUUCUGUGAGACAAAGAAAGCCUACUUUUUGGGGUACAUGGUACAUAGGCUGCUUUUAGCUGCUUGUGGUCGCAGAGAAGUAGAUGACAGAGAUCACUAUGGUAACAAAAGAUUGGAUUUAGCAGGACCACUAUUGGCAUUCUUGUUCAGAGGUUUGUUCCGGAAUCUGAUGAAAGAGGUUCGCAUUUAUGCUCAAAAGUUUAUUGACCGAGGAAAAGAUUUCAAUCUGGAACUUGCCAUUAAGACGAGAAUCAUCACAGACGGGCUGAAAUAUUCUUUGGCCACAGGCAAUUGGGGAGAUCAGAAGAAAGCCCAUCAAGCAAGGGCUGGAGUCUCUCAGGUAUUAAAUCGGCUCACAUUCGCUUCUACAUUGUCCCAUCUUCGUCGUUUAAAUUCCCCAAUUGGCCGUGAUGGCAAACUGGCUCGUCCUCGACAACUUCACAAUACAUUGUGGGGUAUGAUCUGUCCUGCUGAAACUCCAGAAGGUGCAGCUGUAGGACUUGUGAAGAACUUGGCCCUGAUGGCCUAUAUUUCUGUCGGCUCUCAACCCUCUCCAAUCUUGGAGUUUUUAGAAGAGUGGAGUAUGGAAAAUUUAGAAGAGGUAGCACCAUCUGCUAUCCAAGAUGCAACUAAAAUCUUUGUAAAUGGAUGCUGGGUUGGCAUCCAUCGAGAUCCUGAGCAGUUGAUGAACACACUAAGAAAAUUGAGAAGAGAAAUGGAUAUCAUUGUAUCUGAGGUAUCAAUGAUUCGAGAUAUUAGAGACAGAGAGAUUCGAAUAUAUACUGACGCUGGACGUAUAUGUCGGCCGUUACUUAUUGUGGAGAAUCAGAAGUUGUUGCUUAAACAGAGUCACAUCAAACAACUGAAACAAAGAGAAUACAACAAUUACAGUUGGCAAGAUCUCGUAGCUAGUGGAGUUGUGGAAUAUAUUGAUCCUCUUGAAGAGGAAACGGUAAUGUUAGCUAUGACUCCAGAUGAUCUCCAAGAGAAAGGUAUGGCCUACUGUUCUACAUAUACCCACUGUGAGAUUCAUCCUGCGAUGGUGCUUGGAGUUUGUGCCUCGAUUAUUCCGUUUCCAGAUCACAACCAGUCUCCCCGUAAUACCUACCAAAGCGCUAUGGGAAAACAAGCUAUGGGUGUUUACAUCACCAACUUUCACGUCCGAAUGGACACUCUUGCCCAUGGACUGCUGUAUCCCCAAAAACCAUUGGUUACAACCCGGUCUAUGGAAUAUCUUCGCUUUAGAGAGUUGCCUGCUGGUAUUAAUUCCAUUGUAGCCAUUGCAUCUUAUACUGGCUACAAUCAGGAAGAUUCCAUUAUUUUGAAUGCAUCGGCCGUUGACCGUGGUUACUUCAGGUCAUUUUUCUUCCGGUCUUACAAAGACCAAGAAUCAAAGAAAGGAAUGGACCAGGAAGAAAUAUUUGAGAAACCAACUCGAGAAUUUGUUCAAGGAAUGCGUCAUGCUAUAUACGACAAAUUAGAUGAUGACGGCAUCAUAGCUCCUGGUACAAGAGUCUCAGGAGAUGAUGUACUGAUUGGCAAAACACUGACUCUUCCACAGAAUGAAAACGAGCUUGAUAGUACAGUUCGGAGAUUUGCCAAAAGAGAUGCCAGUGUGUUCAUGAGAAGAAGUGAAACCGGUAUCAUUGACCAGGUCAUGGUGACAAUCAACCAGGAAGGUUUCAAGUUUUGUAAGAUCCGAGUACGGACUGUGAAAACCCCCCAGAUUGGUGAUAAAUUUGCCAGUCGUCACGGACAGAAAGGUACCUGUGGUAUCACUUACAGACAGGAGGACAUGCCAUUUACCUGCGAAGGGAUAUCACCUGAUUUGAUUGUUAACCCUCACGCCAUUCCAUCUCGAAUGACAAUUGGCCAUUUAAUUGAGUGUCUUCAAGGUAAAGUAGCUGCCAACAAAGGAGAGAUUGGUGAUGCUUCCCCAUUCAACGAUGCUGUCAAUGUACAGAAAGUGUCCAACCUGCUCCAACAGUAUGGUUACCAUCUGAGAGGCAACGAGAUUUUGUAUAAUGGACACACUGGAAGGAAGUUGAAUGCCCAGAUUUUCUUGGGACCCACCUACUACCAGCGCUUAAAACAUAUGGUGGACGACAAAAUUCAUUCUCGGGCCCGUGGUCCUUUACAGAUUAUGAACAGGCAACCUAUGGAAGGAAGAUCUCGUGAUGGAGGUUUGCGUUUUGGUGAGAUGGAGCGUGAUUGUCAAAUCGCUCACGGUGCUGCUCAAUUUCUACGAGAGAGACUCUUUGAAGUAUCCGACCCAUACCGAGUGCAUGUCUGCAACCUGUGUGGUUUAGUGUGCAUAGCGAAUCUGAGGAACCAAACAUUUGAGUGUCGUGGCUGCAAGAAUAAAACACAGAUUUCGCAGAUGAGGAUGCCGUAUGCCUGCAAAUUGUUGUUCCAAGAGUUAAUGUCUAUGAGUAUUGCUCCAAGAAUGAUGGUGUCCUAAAUAAAGUCAAAAAUGGCACCAGUUCCACCUCCAAGUUACGACUAAUUUUUCCGAAAUGUUGGAAA